AUGGAGGAAACGGCGGAGCAGGAGGCUGUUUCUCUCGGUGGGGGGAAGCACAGGAUCCUUGCAGAGCUUGGUCGCGUCCAACAGGAAGUCACAUUCUUGGAGACAGAGUUGGAAGAGCUCGAGCAGACUGAUAAUGUAUCCUCCGUGUGUGACGAGCUGCUCCGUGUCAUCGAGAAAGCACCGGACCCUCUGUUGCCACUAACCACUGGACCUUUGAACUUAUUAUGGGACCGGUGGUUUGAAGGACCUAAUGGAGGAGAAGGCUGCAGAUGCUUUAUACUUUGA